AUGAGCGGAGCAGUAUAUGGAGGUGAUGAAGUGGGUGCUCUAGUUUUUGAUCUUGGUCAUAAUACUGUUAGAGCUGGUUAUGCAGGUGAAGACAGUCCUAAAGUUGAUAUACCCUCAACAAUUGGCGUCUGGUUAGAUGCUGAAGACGAUGUUCCAACCACAAGAUACAAUAUAGGUCUUUUGGCCAUACAUGUUUGGAGACCAGAAAUGGAGCUAGUUUCAUUCCUAAAAGAAGGUAUGGUCGAAAAUUGGGACAUGUUUGAAAACUUCUUAGAUCAUAUCUACAAUAAUGCGCUUAGAGCGAUUCCAAAAGACCAUCCAAUUCUCCUAACUGAACCUCCUUGGAUAACACCUUCAAAACGUGAAGAAAUGGCGGAAUUAAUGUUUGAAAAAUAUGGUGUUCCAGCUGUUUAUCUUGCCAAAAAUGCGAGUUUAGCUGCUUUUGCAAAUGGACGUCCCACAUGUCUUGUAGUUGAUAGUGGAGCAACUCACACUUCUGCUGUACCCGUUCAUGAUGGAUAUGUAUUGACUCAAGCAGUUGUAAAAUCUCCUGUAGGAGGCGAUUAUUUAAGUUCCCAGUGUCUUAGUCAUUUGAUUGAACGGGGGAUAGAAAUUGUACCUCCUAGUAUGGUUGCUUGGAAGGAAGUUACAAAACCUGAGGAUACUCCUGUUUGGAAAAAAAGAAUUGUGCCACCAAAUCUUACAGAAUCCUGGAAUAAUUUCAUGAUUAAGGAAGUGAUGCAAGACUUUCAAGCUUCAGUCCUACAAGUAUCUGAUGUAUCUUACGAUGAAGAAAUAGUGAAAACUAUGCCUGCGAUUCACUAUGAAUUUCCUAAUGGUUACCAUCGAGAUUUUGGAGUAGAAAGAUUUAAAAUUCCAGAACCACUGUUUAAUCCCACAACUGGUGCUAAAGCUGGAAUACAACCUAUUUUGGGUGUCGGAUCUUUGGUUACUACCAGUGUUGGCAUGUGUGAUAUCGAUAUUAGACCAGCUAUGUAUGGAAGUGUUGUAGUGACAGGCGGAAACUCGAGUCUCCAGGGUUUCACUGAUCGACUCAACCGAGAUUUAGCUACAAAAACCCCACCAAGCAUGCGGUUGAAAAUAAUUAGCGCCCCAGGAGUUUCUGAACGACGAUUUGGAGCAUGGACUGGUGGCUCCAUAUUAAGUUCUCUUGGGUCAUUCCAGCAACUUUGGGUGUCCAAGCAAGAGUAUGAAGAGACUGGUAAAGUAAUUGUACAAUCUAAAUGUCUAUAA